GGUGCUUGCUCCAGCUGAUCCGAGAGCCAUCCCAGCUGCUCAGGCGAAGGAGAAAGGCUGGAUCCUGGUCCUGGAAGUUUGCCCUCCCACCCCAGGAGAGGUCCCUCAGUCGGCUGGUGACUCCGAAAUGGAUAUGGGAGGCGGGGGCCGGAUCCCGUAUGAUGACUAUCCUGUUGUCUUCCUGCCUCCGUAUGAAAGCCCUCCUGCCUGGAUCCCUCCGCAUGAGAGAAUUUACCAUUCUGACUACAACAAUGAGCUCACUCAGUUUCUGCCUCGGACCAUCGUUCUGAAAAAACCUCCCGGGGCUCAGCUGGGGUUUAAUAUCCGAGGAGGAAAAGCAUCUCAGCUGGGCAUCUUCAUUUCUAAGGUAAUCCCAGAUUCUGAUGCCCAUCGAGCCGGAUUGCAAGAGGGAGACCAGGUUCUGGCAGUAAAUGAUGUGGACUUCCAGGAUAUUGAACACGGCAAGGCUGUGGAGAUCUUGAAAACCGCUCGGGAGAUCAUUAUGAGAGUCCGCUUCUUCCCAUACAAUUACCAGCGGCAGAAGGAGAGAACAGUCCAUUAGAAAUCCCUUCUGGGCUACAACCGUCAUUUUACAGAGAGCUCACCAAUCUCCAGCCACAUUUUCCCUCAUUGUAAUUUGUAAACAACAAUGCAGGGAGAUCUUUUCUUUCUUUCUUCUCUGGGCAUCUGCUUGGGCCCCACAUUGACAAGAGACCUUGCUUUUCAGCAGAGGCUGGAGCUGAGUUACUUUUAGAGAAGGGACUCUCUGAAAAAUCACAUUAUUUUGUCUGAUUUGUGUUGAAAGCUAUGAGACGCAGGGGGAGACUGGACUUGGGGCUUCAACCCAUUCCUUGAUCAGGAAAUGGCUAGAGACUCACUGACAGGUUGCCAGCCCCAAGAGGAUGUACAUAAUCCAGGAUGCUUCUUCUUCCUCAGAUGCUGGUUUGUUUUUGACCUUUGGGCUCCAAAGAAGAAAAUGGAGGCCACCAAAGGUUCCUGUUGGAUUCAAAAUGGGAAUGUGGGAUAAUUUUUGAGGGUAUCAUUUCUUGCAACAUUGGCCACAUUGAAAUUUAUGGGAUUUGCUUCUAUUUAUUCCUAUUCAUUCACUUUGUGGGCUGGACAAACAGGCUUCCACACGGUGUGUGCUUUCAAACCCAUUUUGUAAAGGCUUGGAUAUUUAGGCAUCACCCUGGCUUCAUAUCAUGGAGUAGAGUAUUAGUAGCAAGGUUAGCAGCUUCCAUUGGGUCCUGAGAGAAGGCUCUUUGAGUAUUGUGGUAUAAAUUCCUAGUCCUCAUGGUUGGUUUCCUUCUAAAAUAGGAAUGGCAAUGGUUUGACCACCAGAUGUUGGUGGACUGCAAAUCCCAGCAACACCAGCCAGGUUAGCCAUUGGUGAGGAAUGCUGGGAACCACAUCCCAACAACAUCCGGAGGGUCCUGUGAUUCUCGCUUGUACUCUAAAGGAUGGCAAUGGCAACCCUGCUCUGAAGAAACUUGCCAAGAAAACUCCAUGAUAGGUUUGUCUUAGGGUUGCCAUAAGUCAGAAACAACUUGAAAGCACAACAGAGGUGUUAUAUCCCCACCCCCCAUCGCUACCCCUCCUUUCACACUACACAGUUAUAGUGCUAUAAUUUCACUUUAACUGCCAUGGUAACAUCCUAUGGAAUCCUGGGAUCUGUGGUCUGGUGACUCACUAGAGCUCUCUGGUGGAGAAUUGUAAGUAUUCCUCCCAAAAUCCCAGGAUUCCUUAAAAUGGGAAGUGUGGCAGUUAAAGUGGAACGAGAGUAGUGUAACUGUGCUGUGAAAUGGGCCCCAAAUUUCUCCUUUUAUUUUAGUAAUCCCUAUCUCAAAUGCUGCUCACAUAAAGAGAGAAAGGAAUUACUCAGCUGCUGAAUCUACAUACUCAAACGUGUGCAUACCUGCACCCCAAAUUCCCUGGGAAGGCAUUUUAUGAGCAAACCAAUGUGGCUCUGGCUAGUUUUUGGUCCCUGGUGCAGUUGCAUCCAUGGCUAGACCUGGCUAUAUUUGCAGUCUUUAUCUGCCCAGGGACCUGGGAAUUGUGGAUUAGUGUAUGAGCAAGUGCUGUUGGAAGGGCAGAAGCAGACAGUCGUGACAAUAAGGUUGGUUCCGGUCAGCUAUGGGAAUCCUGCAACCCUUUGAUGUGGCUAGACUGCAAGUCCCAACAGCCUUAGCCAGCAUAGCUAAUGGUGAGGAAUGCUGGGAGCUGAAAUCAGACCACAUUGGGAGGUUUGUAUGAUCUCCACCUCUGGCUUAGAUUCAGCUGAAACCUCCCUUUGAAGGGUGAUAAAACUGAUUUGAGUUUCUGUUGAUCACAGCAGGAUUCAUUUUUCUAUCUUCAGGUGUCCUAUGCUCUUAAACAGGGCGAGUUCACAUUCUUUAGAGAGGUGGAUGAACUUGAGUGUCAACCUUUGUGUAGGAGGUGGAAAGCAGUGAGCAGCACAGGCAUUCUUGAUUUGCUGGCACACAGCAUUGGCUGCACCUGUUUCAUUCACUUCAGUUGUUGAUCCACUGGAACUUAAACCUUAGGGGAGUUACAAAGCAGAAAGGAAGAUCAGAAGCAGACAUCUCCCGAUUCUUGCAAAACCUUCUCCCCCAAACUCUUUCAGUGGCAGCUUUCUCCAAACAGGCUGGGAAUGAUGGCAGUUGUAAUCCAGCAGAGCUGAGUUGCAUCAGGUUGGGGUGGUCUGUUUUUAGGAGAAUGGUGUUUUUAUUCACGUUCUGAGUUGUUAUUGAUUUACUUUAUUAAAAGCGGAAUUGUUACGGA